AUGGCGCCCAGCCUCACAAGUUACCAACUGACUGAGUCCAACCUCGCCUUGCAUGACCAAUCUUUCCAAUGCGAACACCCAACAGACUCUAUCAUCCCCUGGGUCGAAAAAAUCAUCAAAGAGGAGCGAAUCCACCAGUUCUACACCUCCCUGAACACGGCCACGUCCGCUACCCACCAAACCAACGACAUCACCUCCCGGGGUCCCGACAUAGUCUCCGACCUCCACCUCCACCAGACGCACCUAGCGCAGCAAUCAUCCACCGGAGAGACGCACCUGGAGCAGCUAAUGGGCGACUUGAAACUGUUUGACCAGCGCCCUGGGAUCUGCAUCGAGAGCCCGCUUGAACGGUUCCUUAUACCGGACGGGUGCGGCGCCCCUAGCUAUUUUGUGAGACCUGCGCUGGAGAAUGCGUCGGCGGGCUGA